AAAUUAUUAGAUCCUGUAGAUGCAGCCGCCCCCCAAAAGUCGUCGUCGUCGCCGGUAGCCAUCGAUCGAAUUCCCCGCGCAAAAUCACCGGUCAGCCGCGUUGUCGGGUUUGGAGGAAGUGAUAUGCAUCUGUAUAAUGCAUGGUUGCCGCCGUCGGUGGCGGAGGAGACGAAGAAGGAAGGGGAGGCCUUCUCCCGCGUCGUGAGCUCCAUGCGGAGCUCGUACAAACCCGAAGAUCCUGAUUCCGUCUACGCCACUCUCAAAUGGAUUUCCGUCCUCGACGUUUUCCUGAAGGCGAAGAGCGACGUGGCCUUGGAAGAUGUCACCGCCGUCGUGGAAAUUGGGCUGGAGCUGUUUGGUGUCUCGCAGGACAAGCUUUAUGUUCAGGUAAGAUGGGGAAAUAUUUUGGUGAGAGUGCUUAAUAAGUAUAGGAAGAAGUUGGCGCUGAAAGUACAAUGGCGCCCUUUGUACGAUACUCUGGUUCACACUCAUUUCUCAAGGAGUACUGGUCCAGAAGGGUGGAGGGUGAGGCAGCGACACUUCGAGGCCAUCACUUCGCUUGUUAGAUCAUGCAGGAGGUUCUUUCCUGCUGGUUCAGCCUCUGAGAUUUGGUCUGAAUUUAGUUCUCUAAUGGAAAAUCCGUGGCAUAAUUCAUCCUUCGAAGGAUCUGGGUUUGUACGACUGUUCCUUCCAACAAAUUUGGAAAACCAGGAUUUUUAUACCAAUGAUUGGGUGAGAAAGACUAUGGAGCUGUGGGAAUCUAUACCAAAUUGCCAGUUCUGGAACAGUCAGUGGUCGGCCGUUAUAGCUCGGGUCAUAAAAAACUAUGACUUUGUUGAUUGGGAAUGCUUCUUACCUGUGCUAUUCACUCGAUAUUUAAACAUGUUUGAGGUUCCAGUGGCAAAUGGAAGUGGAUCAUACCCCUUCCCUGUUGAUGUCCCUAGAAAUACAAGAUUCUUAUUUUCAAAUAGAACAAUGACCCCGACAAAAGCUAUUGCUAAAUCAGUUGUCUAUCUACUGAAGCCUGGUAGUUCAACAGGAAAGCACUUAGAGAAAUUGGUCGACCUCUUAGAACAGUAUUACCACCCAUCUAAUGGUGGCCGGUGGACUUAUUCAUUGGAGCGGUUCCUAUUGUAUUUGGUAAUUACAUUCCAAAAGCGCUUACAGCAUGAGCAAUUGAACAAAGAUAAUGAUAAACAUGCUCACCUAUUUCUGGGAAGACCAGAGAGGACUGCAUUUGUCAAAAUAUUGUUGAAAUUAAUUGAUCGUGGACAAUACUCCAAGAAUGAGCGUAUGUCUGAGACUGUAGCUGCAGCAACUUCUAUCCUAUCCUAUGUGGAACCGUCGUUGGUUCUACCAUUCUUAACAUCUCGAUUCCAUCUGGCCUUGGAGACGAUGACUGCCACCCACCAGUUGAAAACUGCUGUGAUGUCCGUGGCAUUUGCCGGUCGCUCAUUGUUCCUGACAUCCUUGUCAACCUCUGCCAAAGAGCUACACCCUGCUGGUGAUAGCAAUACAUUCAUGGAUCUUCUGAUGAUUUCAUUAUCAAAUGCAUUACUUGGUAUGGAUGCUAAUGAUCCUCCCAAAACCUUGGCAACCAUGCAGCUGAUUGGUUCUAUAUUCUCUAAUAUUUCUACUUUGGAUGAUAGCAUGGAUGACUCAUCCUUCAUGCCAAUGAUUCAGAUGUCUGAGUGGUUAGACGAGUUCUUGUGUCGGCUGUUCUCCUUACUUCAGCAUUUGGAACCUAGCAGUGUCGUGAGUGAAGGUUCACAUUCGGCAGCAACAUCGGGGACAUUUUUAGUUGAGGAUGGUCCUUAUUACUAUUGUAUGCUUGAAAUCUUGCUUGGAAGGCUUUCAAAAUCGCUGUACGAUCAGGCAUUGAAGAAAAUUGCAAAGUUUGUAAGGACAAAUAUUCUUCCUGGUGCAAUUGCUGAGGUUGGCUUGCUUUGCUGUGCAUGUGUUCAUUCGAACCCUGAGGAGGCAGUUUCUGCUCUUGUUGAGCCUAUGUUGUCUGCUGUUAUAUCUUCCUUGAAAGGGACGCCAGCAACUGGAUUUGGAGGAAGAGGAGUCCUUGAGACCUCAGUUUUGUCGAAGGCAAAGCCAACAUUGUCUCCAGCUCUUGAAACAUCAAUUGAUUGUCAAUUGAAAAUACUGUCAGUCGCGAUCAAUUAUGGAGGCCCUGUCCUUCUUCGUUACAAGGAU